UUGAGAUGGAGUACACUUUUCAGAGCUGAGGAAGAACUGCGACGCGAAGCUGCAGAGAUUUCUCGCCUUCUGCACCCACCCAAAGUUGAAGUGCCUCUGUCUGCUUGGUUGUGGUCUUUUGUUGGAUGUUCAUUAGUCGUACUGAGUGGGAUUUUGCCGGCGUUGAUCUUGCCUGCAAACAGCAGUGAGUAUCUGCAGACUAAAGAGGGAAGAUGUAAUCUCAACCUGUUGCUGUCAUUCGCCGUUGGUAGUCUACUCGGAGAUGUAUUUCUACAUCUUUUACCAGAAACUUGGAGCGAUUUGGAAGUUGAUGUUGAUCGUAUCGGCUGCUGCUCACUAGGCGGCCUCCUUAUAUGUUCUGUAGUCGAAAAACUUUGCAGUACAACGGAACAAAGCCAGCACAAGAUCUGCGCAAUUAUGAACCUCUGCGCCAACUUGGUGGACAAUUUUACGCAUGGAUUGGCUGUUGGAGCCAGUUUCUUGAUUUCACCACAGUUCGGUAUGAUGACCACCUUUGCGAUUUUGGUUCAUGAAAUCCCGCAUGAAAUCAGUGAUUUCGCUAUUCUUCUUAGAGCUGACUUCAACAAACUAGUAAGUCUUAUUAUGCUACAUUUGCAGUUUGUUACUGCUUCUGGGGGUGUAAUCGGAGCUUGUGUGGCGUUGUAUUUACGUUCGGGAAGUGUGCAGUCGCCUGAGUGGAUUCUUCCGUUUACAGCAGGAGGUUUUAUCAACAUUGCUCUUGCACAGAUUUUGCCUGAGCUAAAUCGAGAGAAGGACCGACGGCAGAACAUUAAACAGUUGGUGAUGAUUCUUCUAGGAGUGGGCGUUAUGCUUGCUGUUAGCCGUUUUCACGUUGCCUAA